AUGCUCACUCAGAAACAGAAAAAAACUCUCUCUCAAAACCAGAAAAAAACGCGAGAUGAAUUAGAUCAUAGCUUUAAGGAACUCGAUAGACAACUCCUUUUGACUUCUUCUAGCAGCGGCAAGAUUAGUAGAGCAUCCUUAUUACUUGAAGCUGCCUCUCAUAUACAACAUCAAAGAUUAGAGUUGUCUUCAAUUUACGUUGAAAACAAACAAUUGAUUGGAAAUUUGUCUUCAUUUUACGAGGAAAACAAACAAUUGAUUAGAAAUUUGGAAUAUGUAAAAUGUUCAUAUCAACAAGUUGUUUCACGUAUGAAAAAACAGAAUGAAGAAAUCAAUUACCUCAGUCAAUUAUGUAAAUAUCAGAAUGGAAAGCUAAAUAAGAAUAUAUCGAGAUUGAUUUACAGUUACCUAGUCAUUUAG